CGUGAGUGCGAGAGGCAUGAGAUGGGUAUGGGCGCGCGGCCGUCCGGGUCUCCGCGAGGGUCCCUCCCUGCGCGCUCUCCCUGCCUCUGUGAUACGACUCCCCCAAACCUGGAAGCCUCUGCCUGAGCUGACGCUUGAUGGUAUCUGCAAGCGUUUAUGCUGAUCUUAUUCCUGCCCCUUGAAUAUUAAUUCCCUAAGCUGAUAGCAGUACAUCUCCCCACUGAGGGGACCUACGAGAGGCAGGUGGGGGGAGCCACCAUCAGAUCAUAAGCAUAAUAAUAAUACAAGGGGGAGGGAUUCUUGGGCUAGGAAGUGGCAAGAGGCAGGCAGGCGAGAGGAGGAAAAAAAAAGAAAAGCGAUGAGUUCGCCAAAUAUGUGGAGCACAGGAAGCUCAGUCGACUCGACUCCUCUAUUUUCACAGAAAAUGACGGUGUGGAUUCUGCUCCUGCUAUCGCUCUACCCGGGCUUCACUAGCCAAAAAUCUGAUGAUGACUAUGAAGAUUAUGCUUCCAACAAAACAUGGGUCUUGACUCCAAAAGUUCCUGAGGGUGAUGUCACUGUCAUCUUGAACAACCUGCUUGAAGGAUAUGACAAUAAACUUAGACCUGACAUAGGAGUGAAACCAACAUUAAUUCACACAGAUAUGUAUGUGAAUAGCAUUGGACCAGUCAACGCUAUCAACAUGGAGUAUACGAUUGAUAUAUUUUUUGCCCAAACAUGGUAUGACAGGCGUUUGAAAUUUAACAGCACCAUCAAAGUCCUUCGAUUAAAUAGCAACAUGGUGGGGAAAAUCUGGAUUCCAGACACUUUCUUCCGAAACUCCAAAAAGGCUGAUGCACACUGGAUCACCACCCCCAAUAGGAUGCUGAGAAUUUGGAAUGAUGGUCGAGUGCUCUAUACCCUAAGGUUGACAAUUGAUGCUGAGUGCCAAUUACAGUUGCACAACUUCCCGAUGGAUGAACACUCCUGCCCUCUGGAAUUCUCCAGUUAUGGCUAUCCACGUGAAGAAAUUGUUUACCAAUGGAAGAGAAGUUCUGUUGAAGUGGGUGACACAAGAUCCUGGAGGCUUUAUCAGUUUUCGUUUGUUGGUCUGAGAAAUACCACUGAAGUAGUGAAGACAACUUCUGGAGAUUAUGUGGUCAUGUCUGUCUACUUCGAUCUGAGCAGAAGAAUGGGGUACUUCACCAUCCAGACCUACAUCCCCUGCACACUCAUUGUUGUUUUGUCCUGGGUGUCUUUCUGGAUCAAUAAGGAUGCUGUUCCAGCCAGAACAUCUUUGGGUAUCACCACUGUCCUGACCAUGACCACCCUCAGCACCAUCGCCCGGAAAUCCCUCCCCAAGGUCUCCUAUGUCACAGCAAUGGAUCUCUUUGUAUCUGUCUGCUUCAUUUUUGUCUUCUCCGCGCUGGUGGAGUAUGGUACCUUGCAUUACUUUGUCAGCAAUCGGAAACCAAGCAAGGACAAAGACAAAAAGAAGAAAAACCCUCUUCUUCGGAUGUUUUCCUUCAAGGCUCCUACCAUUGAUAUCCGCCCAAGAUCAGCAACCAUCCAAAUGAACAAUGCCACGCACCUUCAAGAGAGAGAUGAAGAAUAUGGCUAUGAGUGCCUGGACGGAAAGGACUGUGCCAGUUUCUUCUGCUGUUUUGAAGACUGCCGAACAGGAGCGUGGAGACAUGGGAGGAUACACAUCCGAAUUGCGAAGAUGGACUCCUACGCACGCAUCUUCUUUCCCACUGCCUUCUGCUUGUUCAAUCUGGUUUAUUGGGUCUCCUACCUCUACCUGUAAAGAGGUAUGAGUUUCAUUGAUGUGGGUCUUAUUCACUGAAUCUUACGGAGAGAAGGUGUCCGUUCUAUGUCCACUUAAAUUAUCCCCUAAUAGUUGAUAAUGAUCUGAAUUUGUUUCUAUGUCCAAACCUGGUAAAUUGUACAAUGUCAUAUUGUUCAUGCCCAACUCUCCUUUGGUUAGUGUAAUUUGAAUUUUAAUGUGUGUUGUGUUUCAAAACUGAAAGACAAAGUAAAAUUACAGCAACAACUGAAACCAAACAAGUUAUUUUUCGGCUACAGCAACCUAAAUAGUGAAAGCCCUGACUAAUUAUGGUGGUGGUAUCCUUACCUGAUUCAUUAUAUUAAAAGGUCCCAAACCAUACCCUGUGUUCACUUGGGGUCAAGUUGUGGUAAAUUUGAUCCCAAUAGAAUACCUCCCUCAUUGAGAAAAAUUACAGCUUAUUUUAAAGAUAAAAGAUGAGAUCAGAAAUCUAUUAUUCCAUUAUCACAAGAGAGGAAGAAAAUUUUCUCUACAUCACAUGUACAAUGAUGUAAAUAUUUCAAUAAUUUAGAAUGCCUCAAGUUUAAUGCAUGCAUCUCUUUAGAGCCAAAAUAAAUGGAUUGACAUUAUCAUCAUAAAGUACUGUCUUUUAUUUUUUUGUCCUUGGGCUAUAAGAGCAUCAUGAAUGUAAUUAUAAGGAUAAGAGUUUGGGAUUGGAGGGAGGAAUUUUCAUCGCCUUCUCCCUCAUGCAUGAAGACUCAAACAGCUUAUUAUUUUCCUUGUAUGACAUAUUACAAAACUUUAAGUAAAAUAUAGACUGAGUAAUCAUUUGCCACCUCUAAAUAUGCCCAGUUUCAAAAUUAGAGUAUGAAGUAGUAGUCUGUGCUUACCGCUGUUUUUACUUCCUUUAAGAUGACAGUUCAUAGCAAACUUAUUCUUCAUCUCAAGAUCUGCUUCUAGUGAUUGUGAGUGCCUUGUGGGCAGAAUCCUUGUCAUUUCUUCUUUAGGUCCUCAGCACUUUGCAUAGUGCCUGGCACGUAGACAGUGCUCAAACGUGAAUUGCCCUCAUAUGCUUCUGAUGAAUCUCUCUGUGCUGGCCUGAAACUAGUGAUUCAUCUUUUCAUGUAGACAUUGUCAAGUGAUACUUGAUCUUAUAAAAAUAACCAGAAGGAUCCAAAGAACUCUGACUAUUAUGUUCAUCUUCAAAAAUUUAUUUUCAGAAAAAAUCCAUACUCCUUUUAAAACAAUAUGUCCCAAGUUUGUGUACAGAGAUGACUCUGCGAGGGUAUAAUUAGAGUUUGUGUAUUAUUUUUCCAGGUUUGGAGAUGAGUCAGUUCUGACCCAUUCACAAUUUCAUCUGUAAAUUUAUAACAGGAAUAAGAAAAAUUCAUACCUGAGUGGUAUUCUGAAUGUAGUAUUCAAUGCUCUGUGAAGAAAAAAUAAAAAGCAAUGCAUAAAUGAAAAAUUAAAGAAAAAAACAAAUGAAUGAAUAGCUUCUAGAGGUUGAGUCUAUGAACAGGGCCUCAUUAGACUAUUCUGAAAUCCAGUGAAGUGGUUUCUUCAGACUUCAAACGUGAUGAGUUGAGCCCUAUCUUCAUGUACUUGUCCUGAGUCCUUAUUUUUCUAAAAUAGCACCCUUUGUCAUUUAUUCUUUUUUUAUGGCAGUUAAUUGCUCUAAGUUAGAAUUCAGUCACAGCUAGUGUAACUUUACAGAUAAUCUAAAGAGUAGAUAAGAAGAGAGAUUGGCUUUGUUAAUAUAAAACCAUGUAAAGUCAUCAUGCCGUUGUCAUCUAGAUGAAUCUUGAAACACAUUUAGCUGCCAAUUUUACAAACGUUUAAUGUCAGUGAUUUAGUAUAUAACCUUAAACAAAUGUAAAUAGAAUGAAUUAUUUUCUAGUUUUGAAUUGUCAAGAUAUUAAUUGUUGACUCUUUGGGAGAGUUGUUGGCCAGUUUCAAUGGUGAGAAACAUGUUAUUGUCAACUUUAAAUGUGUUCUGUCAUGAGGACACACAAAAAGCUAGCUUUCCAAUGUGUGCAUAGUAUCGGCAAUAUGAAUAUAUAUUAUAACUAUUCUGAUCUUAAUUAUCAGCUGCUCCCUGUCUAUGUAUUUGAAAACCUUUUCUCAAAGGGAACUGCCUAACAUGGACUUUUACAAUAAAAAUGCUGCAUUCUAA